UUUCUCUCUUGUACCCACUCCGUGUUCUUUGAUGGUCAAGACUGCCUGUAACGUUAGCAACCACCCAGAACGGGGCGUUUAAAUGUUCAAAACGAACGAAAACGGUAACAGCACAUCCAACGCGAACAUUUAGACUUAGGUGGACUAUAACGACGUGGGUAGCACCGCUGACGUUGAUCGUAAAGCUGUCGGGUGAGCAAUGUCACCGGCCCCCAGCUGCGACUGCCCCCACCUGGAUUGUGUGGGGGAGAUCACCAAGGAGGAGCUCAUCCACAAAUCUCAUGGCCAAUGUCAAGACUGUAAAGUUGGAGGACCAAAUUUGUGGGCUUGUUUGGAGAAUGGCUGUGCGUACGUUGGCUGCGGAGAGUCCCAUGUGGAUCACAGCACAGGACACUCGCAGGAGAGCGGCCACAACCUGACGGUGAACCUGACCACCCUGCGAGUGUGGUGUUAUGCCUGUGGCAAGGAGGUCUUCUUGGACCGUAAACUAGUCCCUCAGCCCCCGCAGUCUAACAGCAAGCCUCUCGCCUCCUCCCAGCAGGGUAACAAUAAAGCCUCUCCUGCGAGCCCCGCCUCUCUCCGCGUGACGCCCAACAGUGUUUGCGAAGAUCUGGACAUGGAGACGGAGGAAGAGGAUGACAUGCGUGCUCGUGGCUUGACUGGACUGAAGAACAUCGGCAACUCGUGCUACAUGAAUGCCGCUCUUCAAGCCCUGUCCAACUGCCCGCCGUUGACACAGUUCUUCUUGGAGUGUGGCGGUUUGGUGAGAACGGACAAGAAGCCGGCGCUCUGCAAGAGCUACCAGAAACUUGUGUCUGACCUGUGGCAUAAGAAUAGACCAUCCUACGUGGUGCCGACUAAUCUGUUCCAGGGAAUCAAAGCCAUCAACCCAAUGUUCCGAGGAUACUCUCAACAGGACUCACAGGAGUUUCUGCGCUGCCUGAUGGACCAGCUGCACGAAGAGCUGAAGGAGAUGCUGCCCGAGCCGUACGAGCCGUCUGGCGUCCCGGUGGAAGGCGGCCCGUCCAGGGAAGAUAACCACAACCAGUCAGACAGCGACUUUCAGUCCUGCGAGUCGUGCGGGUGCAGCGAUCGGGCCGACGGCGAAGCACCGCACGCGGGCGCGCCCACUGUCGUCGUCGACAACGAGGCGGAGAUGCUGAUUCCCGAGCAAGAUGACCUUCAGGCCAACAGGGAGUGGCAGAAGGAGAAGAACAUGAUCAACGACAUCUACCGCACCGGGGAGAACGCAGUGGCGGACAUGGACAAAGAGGUGGACACCACCACUGAGACCACGCCCAUUAUCAGCAGUCAGGGACACAUUAAGACGCAAAGCAGGACAUCGGAGUCUUUUCCAGACAUCCAAAUGUCCAACCUCACAAGACCACAAAGUCCAGUCCCUAUGGAGGGCCACAAAAUGUCCAGCAGCCCACCCAAAACUUCCUCUGUGUGGCCCAGUCUCAACAAUGCACAUAAGAAAGCUCACUCAGUCUUAUGGCGUAUGUCCUCUUGCCGCCUGUCCGCAGCGGUGAGCACGUUCUCCCCGGCCAAGACCAAGUGUCAAAGGAGGUACCGCAGCGUCAUCUCGGACGUGUUUGAUGGGACGAUUGUGAGCUCAGUGCAGUGCCUCACCUGCGAUCGGGUGUCGGUCACGCUGGAGAACUUCCAGGACAUCUCCUUACCCAUCCCGGGGAAAGAAGACCUGGCCAAACUGCACUCUGCUACCCACCAGACAUCCUUGGUGAAAGCCGCCGGCUCUUGCGGGGAAGCGUACGCGCCGCAGGGCUGGAUUGCAUUUGUCAUGGAAUACAUCAAGAGGUGCGUACUGAUUUGCUAUUUUACACUGGAGCAGGUGUCAUCCAUCUUGUCGGCUCCUAUUUUCAGCUGGUUCUGGGGUCCGGUGGUCACGCUACAAGAUUGCCUCGCGGCCUUCUUUGCCAGGGAUGAGCUGAAAGGCGACAACAUGUACAGCUGUGAAAAAUGCAAAAAGUUACGAAAUGGAGUCAAGUUUUGCAAAAUGCAAAGUUUGCCAGAGAUUCUGUGUAUCCACCUGAAACGCUUCAGGCAUGAGCUGAUGUUCUCCACCAAAAUUGGAACCCACGUCUCCUUUCCUUUGGAGGGUCUCGACUUGCAGCCCUUCUUAGCCAAGGACAGCUCGACGCAGACCGCCAACUACGACCUGCUGUCAGUCAUCUGCCACCACGGCACCGCCAGCAGUGGCCACUACAUUGCAUACUGUAGGAACGACAUAAACAAUCUCUGGUAUGAGUUUGAUGACCAAAGCGUGACUGAGGUGUCAGAGUCUUGCGUUCAGAACGCUGAGGCUUAUGUGCUCUUCUACAAGAAGAGCAACGAGGACGCCGUGAAGGAGCGAAAUAGGGUGUCGGGCUUGCUCAACAUGAUGGAGCCCAGCCUACUGCAGUUCUACAUUUCCCGCCAAUGGCUCAACAAGUUCAAGACCUUCGCUGAGCCGGGGCCCAUUUCCAAUGACGAUUUCCUGUGCUCGCACGGGGGUGUUCCACCCGACAAAGCGGCCUACAUUGAAGAGCUGGCUGUAAUGGUCCCACAGAACGUGUGGGACCACCUGUACGGCAGGUACGGGGGAGGACCCGCCGUCAAUCACCUGUACGUCUGCAACACGUGUCAGAUUGAGGUGGAGAAGCUGGAGAAGCGGCGCAAGUCAGAGCUGGACAUGUUUGUCCGGCUGAACAAGGCCUUCCAGGAUGAGGAGUCUCCGGUGGUCAUAUACUGCAUCAGCAUGCAGUGGUUCCGCGAGUGGGAGGGUUUUGUCAAAGGGAAAGACAACAAUCCACCAGGAGCCAUUGAGAAUUCCAAGAUAGCAGUGAACAAGAGUGGCCAUUUAACUCUCAAACCAGGCGCCGACUCGGGCCAGAUCUCCGAGGAGACGUGGAACUUCCUGCACGGCAUCUACGGCGGCGGACCGCUGGUGACUGUGCGGCCCAGUGUGGUUGCCGGCCACCAGGAAGCAGACGCCUCCCACCAGUCAGAGGAAAAGAUCGAGGUGGAGACGCGCUCGCUUUAAAAAAAAAAAAAACGAAACAAAAAGCAGACGGAGAAUGAGCGAACAAGAUAAAAUCAACAAGGCCUUUUUCAUUUUGUUUUGCACUUGGAUUGGAAACGCAUUCAGGCAAAAAAAAACAAAGACGCCAACAUUAUCUGCUUAUGCGACAGUCUGCUCCGAAAAGGGAAUCAAAACUUUGUCGUAUUGUACAAAUGUGUAUAUGUUUCUAUUAGCACUGCAGUUGUCUCGUGUCACUAUUUUAAAUGUGUGAAGCUAGAUAACAACCACAAAAAAAAAAAAAAAAAUUACACGGAAUGCCAUUUUAUUUUGACCAAAUGAGCACAUGUAGCAAGUGUUCAUGACACUUGUACUAUAGCACUUCCACCGACGGACAUCUUAAGGUUAUGAAGGGACAGACGAGUCUCAGGAAUUCAUUGUUGAGUGUUUUGUGGGACAGAGCAGCGCUUCUCAACUGGCCUGGUAGCUUGUUUUCUCUUGAAAUUGUCAUCAUUUGAUAGCAUUCCAUGCCUCACUUUGCCCCACUCUCAUGAGGUAGACAGAAGAGCUGCGCCCAUCUGUUUUGGAUACCUGCUUCUGAUUUGAGUGAAUUCACAAGUGAGGUUUUGGCAAGUACUUGCCCUGGUAAUAAGCCCAAUUGGCAGAGUCCCUGUCCGAUUCCGGGAAUGUGUCCUUGCGAAUGUUGCUUGUGGAAAAACUGGCUUGGGCAGGCUGAAUUUAAAAAAAAAAAAGAAAACUACCCCUUUUCAUGGGGAUCAAAAUAGUC